AUGAUUUCUUCACCAUCAUUUUAUCCUUACCUUACCAUCAUUUUUCUAUUGUUUUCUAUUUCAUAUUUUUCAUCCAUUGAAGCCCAAAAUGAUAGGUUUACAAUUAAACUAUUUCGAAAAACCUCUUCAUAUUCAUCCUCACAUUUCAUCAAACCAGUCAAAUAUAAUCCAAAUAUCAUACAAGCACCUAUACAUGCUUAUAUUGGUCAGCAUCUCAUGGAAGUAUAUAUUGGAACUCCACCAAUAAAAAUAUCUGGUAUUGCAGAUACCGGAAGUGACCUUAUAUGGACCAAUUGUGUACCUUGUGAUGGAUGCUACAAACAAAUCAACCCUCUGUUUGAUCCUAAAAAAUCGUCUUCUUAUAGUAAUGUCUCAUGCGAUUCUCCCCGGUGUAACGACCUUCAUUCACAUGAGUGUUCUCCUGAGAAUCAUUGCAGUUACAACUAUGGCUAUGCAGAUAGUUCUGUUACUCAAGGAGUUCUUGCACAAGAAACAGUUACCCUAACAUCAAGUACAAAUAAACCAGUUGCCCUUAAAAGUAUUCUUAUUGGUUGUGGACAUAACGACACCGGAACUUUCAAUGACCAUGAAAUGGGUAUAAUUGGUCUUGGGAGAGGACCAACUUCUUUGAUUUCUCAAGUAAGUCCUUUAUUUGGAGGCAAGAAGUUUUCUCAGUGCUUGGUUCCAUUUCACACUGACAUCAAAAUUGCAAGCAAAAUGAGUAUUGGAAAAGGCAGUGAAGUAUCCGGGGAAGGUGUGGUUACAACACCUAUGGUUAUAACGCCGGAUCCGACGUCGUAUUUAGUUACAUUGCUAGGUGUUAGUGUGGAAGAUAUCUAUUUUCCUUAUAAUUCCAACGGCGAUGCUUCAAAGGGUAACAUGUUGGUUGAUUCAGGGACACCGCCAAUUUACAUACCUAAUGAUUUGUAUGAUAGAGUGGCUAAGGAAAUUAGAAACAAAGUUUCAAUGGAACCUGUUACAGAUGAUCCUAGUUUGGGUACUCAACUUUGUUAUAAAACAAACACUAAUCUUGAUGGACCAAACCUUACAUUCCAUUUUGAAAAUGCAGAUAUAGUUUUAACACCAAUUCAAACCUUUGUUUCACCAAAAAAUGGCGUUUUCUGCUUGGCAAUGAAUAAUCAAACUGAGGAGGGAGGCAUAUAUGGUAAUUUUGCACAAUCAAAUUAUUUGAUUGGCUUUGAUAUAGAGAAAGAGUUGAUUUCUUUCAAGCCAGCUGAUUGUGCUGCACAGUAG